UAUAGUCACUGUUCAUACAUUCCUAUGUUUCCACGUAUAGGGUCGAAACAUUCUUUGAGUGUGUUUGAGUAUUCCCUCACUAUUGUUCGGCGAAAACGUGGUCAUUUGUAACGUUACAGAUUUAUUUGUAUUGUAUAAUAAUGGGGAAAGGACGGCAACAUAAACCUAAAAAAAGUUUUGCUGAGAAACGUCGUGAGAAACAGAAGAAGAAGGAUGAGUGGAACAAUGUAUUACACCAAAGCUAUGCAGACAUUGUCCGAGAAAACAAGGAUUUUGAGAACUACUAUAAAACUCAGAAAAUUGUUCCUGAAGAUCAGUGGGAUUCCUUUAUAGACACUAUGAAAAAGAACCUUCCAGUAGCAUUUAGAAUUACAGGAUCAAAAGGAGAAACUAGAUUAUUACUUGAAACUAUUAAAAGUAGUUUCUUUAAGGAGAUCUUGAAUACACAAGCAAAGGAAAGUUCAGAAAAUAAUGAAGAACCAAAAGAGAUAUUGAAAUGUAUACCAUUUUACCCUGAUGAACUAGCUUGGCAAUUACAGUUGACCAGAAAAGAUAUCAGAAGAUCUGAAGCAUAUUUUAAAUUACAUAAUUUUCUAAUUGUUGAAACUGAUUGUGGAGGUAUCAGUAGGCAAGAGGUGGUCAGUAUGGUACCACCUCUAGUAUUAGAUGUUAAACCUUCCCAUAAGGUUUUAGAUAUGUGUGCAGCACCAGGAUCAAAAACAGCUCAACUGAUAGAGAUGAUACAUUCCGAAGAAGGAGGUGGACUUCCAGGUGGUUUUGUAAUAGCCAAUGACCUUGACAAUAAUCGUUGUUAUAUGCUUGUACAUCAGGCAAAGAGAUUAAAUAGUCCUAUUGUUUUGAUCACAAACUAUGAUGCCUCUGUACUGCCUAAGUUUACUGUUGGCAAACCAGAUGGUACCAAAGAAAUAUUGCAAUUUGAUAGAAUACUUGCAGAUGUACCAUGUAGUGGUGAUGGUACCAUGAGAAAAAAUCCUGAUAUCUGGUGUAAGUGGAGUCCAGCAAAUGGUAAUCAUCUUCAUGGAAUUCAGUAUAGGAUAGCAAAGAGAGGAUUGGAAUUACUAGCAGUUGGAGGAAGGAUGGUGUAUUCCACCUGUUCACUAAAUCCAAUUGAAAAUGAAGCAGUGCUUCACAGACUGCUUCUUGAAACUCAGGAUUCUGUAAGACUAGUUGAUUGCAGGGAUUUAGUGCCUGGAUUAGUAUGCAAUCCAGGUGUAACACAUUGGAUGCCAGCGUCGAAAAAUUUACAAUAUUACGAAACUUGGGAAGAUGUGCCCGAACAGUUGCAAACACAAAUUCGGCCGCAAAUGUUUCCUCCUAAAGCGGAGGAUGCUGCCAAAUUUCAUUUAGAACGAUGUAUGAGAAUAUUACCACAUCAUCAAGACACCGGCGGAUUCUUUGUGGCUGUCUUGGAAAAGGUAACGAGGUUACCAUGGGAACGUGAAUCUUGCACGAAUAAUGUGACUGCAACUAAAGAAGACAGUAAUAAAUUAAGUUCAGAGGUACAAGUAAAAAAAGACACUGGAGAUAAUUCGAAAGAAGGUAAUAAUGAAUUGACUGCAACUAAAGAAGACAGUAAUAAAUUAAGUUCAGAGGUACAAGUAAAAAAAGACUCUGGAGAUAAUUCGAAAGAAGGUAAUAAUGAAUUGAGUUUAGAGGAAGAAGUGAUACAAGACUUACAAGAGGGUAAAAGGCCAUUGGAAGAUGAAAACAAAUUACGGGAACCUAGAAGAAAACGUAAAAAAUUUACGGGAUAUAAAGAAGAUCCGUUUGUGUUCUUCCAGGAUGAUAAGGAAGAUGUAUGGUUGUCUAUUAAAAAAUUCUAUGACAUAUCCGAUGAGUUGGAUCCCAGGUGUCUGCUGGUGCGAUGUCUUAGCAUGAAAAAGAAAAAUAUUUAUUAUACGUCACCGGAGAUUCGUAGCAUUGUUAUCGCUAACGAAGAUCAUAUUAAAUUAAUAAAUACUGGAGUAAAAACGUUUGUACGUUGUGAGAACAAAAAUAUGAAUUGUCCGUUUAGACUAGCACAGGAAGGGAUACAAUGUAUUAUUAAAUAUAUGGGGGAUUCUAGGAAAAUCAGGGUAACUAAAGAUGAUCUGAUAAUGAUUUUAAAAAAUUUUGAUCCAAUGACACCGCCUGAAAUAACCAAGCUUGAUGCUGGAACUCAAGAACGCUUAAAUAAUUUUGCGAUGGGAAGUUGUAUACUUAUAUACGAAGAAAAUGAAACCGACCAUCCGAAUCCAUUGAAAUUGCAAAUAGUUGGAUGGCGAGGAACUAUGUCUCUAAGAGCCUAUGUUCCCAAAAAUGACGCGAUUCAUUACUUACGACUACUAGGAGCUGAUUGCUCUCAGUUUGAGAAAAAUAAGUUUAAGGAAAAUCGUGAAUCUAUGCCUACCGAAGAAUUGAAUAGCACGGAAAUCGCUAACAAUGUUGCUGAAGAAAAUGGUGACAUUGAGAUGGAGAAUGAAUCAGAACUUUGAGUUAAAAAAAGAACACAUCAUAAUGCAACUUGCUGUUCCUUUAAUAUUUUUAGAGACAUCAGUUUAUUUUAUAAGGAAGAACAAAAAAUUUUUUAUUUUGUUUAACUGUUGAUAACAGUAUUCUCCAUAUGGAGAAGCGACAAGAUAAAUAUAAAUGUACUAUGAUGAAAUAUAUUGUAUAAAAAAUGAAAUAAAACGAUUUCACAGGAGAAAA